GUCUUUGGAACCUACCUGACCAUGACCCGGGAUGAGGCUCUCCCCGAUUCCCACUCUGCACAGGGCUUCUACGAGAACUAUGAGCCCAAGGAGAUCCUGGGCAGGGGAGUCAGCAGCGUGGUCAGGCGCUGUAUCCACAAGCCCACAUGCCAGGAAUACGCAGUAAAAAUCAUUGACAUCACCGGUGGAGGCAGCUUCAGCUCUCAGGAGGUACAGGAGCUUCGGGAAGCUACACUGAAGGAGGUGGACAUCCUGCAGAAGGUCUCGGGACACCCCAACAUCAUACAGCUGAAGGACACUUAUGAGACCAACACUUUCUUCUUCUUGGUGUUUGAUCUGAUGAAGAGAGGGGAACUCUUUGACUACCUCACUGAGAAGGUCACCUUGACAGAGAAGGAAACCAGAAAGAUCAUGCGGGCCCUGCUGGAGGUGAUCUGCACCUUGCACAAACUCAACAUUGUCCAUCGAGACCUGAAGCCGGAGAACAUUCUUUUAGAUGACGACAUGAACAUCAAGCUCACAGACUUUGGCUUUUCCUGCCAGCUGCAGCCAGGAGAGAAGCUUCGAGAGGUCUGCGGGACUCCCAGUUAUCUGGCCCCCGAAAUCAUCCAAUGCUCCAUGGACGACAGCCAUCCCGGCUAUGGAAAGGAGGUGGACAUGUGGAGCACAGGGGUUAUCAUGUACACGCUGCUGGCUGGCUCCCCGCCCUUCUGGCACCGGAAGCAGAUGUUGAUGUUGAGGAUGAUCAUGGAUGGCAAAUACCAGUUUGGCUCACCAGAGUGGGAUGACUACUCAGACACAGUGAAAGACUUGGUGUCUCGCUUCUUGGUGGUGCAACCCCAGGACCGCUGCUCCGCAGAAGACGCCCUGGCACAUCCUUUCUUCCAGGAGUACUUGGUGGAAGAAGUGCGACACUUCAGCCCCCGAGGAAAGUUCAAGGUGAUCUGUCUAACUGUGCUGGCCUCGGUAAGGAUCUACUACCAGUACCGUCGGGUGAAGCCGGUAACCAGGGAGAUCGUGAUCCGGGACCCCUACGCGCUGCGACCUCUGCGGAGGCUCAUCGACGCCUAUGCUUUCCGCAUCUAUGGCCACUGGGUGAAGAAAGGGCAGCAGCAGAACAGGGCCGCCCUCUUCGAGAACACACCCAAGGCAGUGCUCCUCUCCUUGGCUGAGGAGGACGACUUCUGAGGGGGCAGCGGGGCACAGGGGGAAGCGAUCAGAGGGUGCACCUCAGAACUGGGAGAAGAGGAGGUCUCAAGUAGGC